AGAAACGCAUAUCUGAGAAUCCAUAUGCAACAAAUAGAAGAACAACAACAAUAAAAGAAUAUCAAUCGAAUAACAUAAACCAACAAAUGCCACGGUUUUACAGAUCAAUACCCAGAAAUCAUCAUAAAAAAAUCAAUCAAGGUGGAGAUUGAGAGGCAAUAUUGGGUUCAGAUCAUAGCGUACCCAACCCAGGGGGAAGUCCUCAGAUCCUCACCCGAUUUUGCUUCACAAGCCCCUCUGUAUAGAGAUAUACCUACGAGGAAAUCGAAGGAAGAAGGAAGCAAGGGUAUGCAGCGGCUUUGUAGAGAGACCGAAUAUGGAGGCAAUGGUGGUGGUGGUGAUAAAUCAGUGAUCGGAGGAGAAAGCAGCGAAGGAGGCGGAGAUAAGGGACCACCGGAACCUCUCGGCUAAGGUGGAAAGGACAACUGUUUUCAAUUUUUUUAUCCUCAGAUCCCUUAGGGUUUGGUUUUCAGAGGUUGAGAGUGGUUGAGGAGGAGAUGGAUCUGUGGCAAAAGGGAGAAACGGAGAUGGCGUGAGGGUCUCAGUUGGGGCUGUAGUGGUUUGGUUGCAGAAUAUAAUCGGAGAUGGAGGUUAUGAAGGAGCCGAUGAGAGAAUCCGGAAAGAGGAUCCAGACCGAGCAGAGGAUCCACAGAGAAGGGAGAGGAGUCCAACCGUCCAGGGGAGGUCCAGCUGUUCAAAAUGAAGACCUACUGAUACG